AGGGAGCAUGGGAUGGAAGGAAAUGAUUCUGUUGAAUCCUCACCUCUACACGGAGGUGAUGUGGGAAUUAGCGAGACAGCCGCUAAUACAAACAAACAUGACACCGUUCAAGGUGUCAGCGUGCAACCUGUCAACGGAUCUCGAGCGCAUGUUCGAACGACAGAGCUUCAGUGACGUGACGCUCUGCGUCGGUGGUCGGGAUUUACCAGCUCAUAAAGCCAUCCUGUCAGCGAGGUCGCCCGUUUUUUUUGAAAAGCUGAGAAAUGACCAGGAAAGUCAUUUGGACAUUGCCAUGGACAUACCUGUACUAUUGGAGAUAAUCCACUUUAUUUACACUGGAAAUGCCAACAACGUGGCGAGGAUGGCUGAAAAGCUGAUAGCCGCCGCCGAAAAGUAUGCACUAGGAAGGUUGAAGAUCAUGUGUGAAGAAGCUCUCUGCUCAAACAUGAACAUAGACAACGUAGUUGACAUUUUCAUCCUCGCAAAUCAUCAAAGCGCUGUCCAGCUGGAAGACAGGUGCAUCGACUUUAUCAAGAGCCACGUAGAAUUCAUAGGGUCCCACAAGUGGAACCAGAUGAUACAGUCGCAUUUUCAACUCGCCAUGGAAGUGUAUUGCGCAGUAACAAGCCAGCAGGUGCGUCCGAUCGGACAACCGAUCAAGGUGCCUGAGUGCAACCUUUGCACGGAUCUCGAGUGCAUGUUACAACAAAAGAGCUUCAGUGACGUGACGCUCUGUGUCGGUGGUCGUGACGUCCAGGCUCACAAAGCCAUCCUGUCAGACCUCAUAAGCACGCACAAGUGGAAGGAGAUGGUAGAUGCCUAUCCUCAUGACCUCCUCACGGUGCUGUGUCAUCGCGCACCAGCCAACCGCAAGCGCCUCAAGCACUAUGAAUUUGUUUAUGGAACCAAUUUGGUUUAGGCCAAUUCUGGCUGAGGUACUGAGGGAGGAGAUGCGGCUCCUGCCGCAACUCAGACCAGAUUCCCCUACCACAGUCACUACCCAAUACGUGAGUUUCGUUUUGUU